UGAAUAUGAAAAUAAUUAUGAUGUCAGUGAAUUGAUAAAAUAUGAAAUUUGGUAAAAGUGCAUAGAGAUUAAUUAAAUAGUAGUUAUAAUAGUAGUAUCAUAAUAAACAAAAAAAUAUAACAAUGAUUAUAUUAUACAAUAUUAUAACAAUAAUAAAUUUAUUAUAUACUGUGAAUUGCAAUUAUUCAAGCGUCAUUCAACCCGUCAUUUAUGGAGGUCAUCAGUUAAUAGUAAAUCAGAAUGGAAAAGUGGAUUUUAUGAAACCAGAAAUUAUUAGUAUCAGUAGUCAACCACAAACCAUUCCACCUCAUAAAACUCCUGAAUUUAAACAAUCAGUAGAAGAUAUUUCAGAGGACAAAAGACAAAUAGCACAGAAUUACUUUUUUCAUAGUGUACAAAUUCCAGAAAGUUUAAUACAAUUUCUUCUUGAUCGAUUUGUUUCAAUAAGUUAUACACUUCAUGGAUUUAGAACAGUAAAACCAAGGCAUUUAUGCGGUGGUCUACUUAUUAGUAAUGAAUGGGUAUUAACUGCAGCUCAUUGUAUCAGUCCAUUUCAAAGGUAUUCCAGUUUGUUUUACUUAUAUUUUUCUCACUAUAUAAUAGUAGUAUUAAAAGUCUUCAAAUAUCAAAACUACGUCAAUACAUGGAUAAAUCAUCAAUUCAUUUUAAACCUAAUGAUAAAGCAAAAUUGAUUGAUGCAUUAAUUCUUCAUCCAAAUUUUACACAAGGUCAAAGUUUAUCACCAGAUAUUGGUUUAAUUAAAUUAAAACACUCUAUUCUUGAUUCACUUACUAAUGAAAUUUAUAAUUAUGAAGAAUUGAAACAUUUUUUAUUAAUAAAUGAUAAACUACUAAUAAGUAGUCAAGAAUAUAUAUGUAUAGUUUCAGGUGUUGGUCAUUUAAAAUAUCGCGAUAUAAAGAAUACAAAUUCUAAUAAUUAUUUUCAUGUUGCAUUUGUACAUCUUGAAUCAUGUAAUGAAUUAUGGAAGAAAUUACAAUUAGAAACAGAAUUAAAACAAAUCAAAAGUUAUGAACAACAACAAGAAUAUGAAUGGAUAAAUAUUUGUAAACAAAGUUUGAUUGAUAAUUCUAUUGGUCAAAAGUGUCCUUUUAGUUAUUUAUGCGCUGGUGGAAGAUAUGUAGAUGGUGAUACAUGUCAAGGAGAUAGUGGUGGACCACUUUUAUGCAUUGAAUCAAAAAAUUAUUCGAAAUUUAUAAAGAAAUGGUUCAUUGUUGGUAUUGCGUCAUCAGGAAUUCAGUGUGGUUUGAAUGGGAUCCCAUCAAUCUAUACACCAUUAUAUCCCUAUUUGGAUUGGAUUGAAUCCAUUACAGGCUACGGAAAACUUAAAUCUUUCGAGUAAACUUUUGUGU